AUGCUUUGGAAAUCUGUCGCUGCGCUCUCCACCUUGGCCGUGACGGCUCUUGGGUUCAAGAACCCCUUGAAGGACUUUAACGGGUCUGACCCGCAAAUGCAGUAUUGGAACGGUAACUACUACCUGUUGACCACGACCUGGACGCAUAUUGCCAUCACCACCUCACCCACGCUCGAAGGACUGAAGACGGCCGAGCCGAAGAUGGUGCAUUCGUCGGAUGACCCUUCUAGGUGUUGCAAUCUUUGGGCUCCUGAGCUGCAUUACAUCGACGGUAAUUGGAGGAUCUACUACACCGCCGGAACAAACGGUACCUUUGACAAUCAGUUCACGCACGUCCUUAAAGGAGGUCAAGAUCCUCUGGAUACCUACGAGUACGAAGACCGGGUCGUCAUGACCGGCCGAGACGUCUGGGCGAUCGACUCCACCAUCCUCCAAAUGGACUACGGAAACUUCCUGAUCUACUCUUCUUGGGAUCCCAACACGCCUCCUCCUCCGGGCAAGGCGGAUGAUCGGGACCAGUGUCUUUACAUUGCGAAUAUGACCUCUCCUACUACCGUCGGCCGAUCCGUCAAGAUUUCUGCUCCGACCUACGAUUGGGAGACUGUCGGAACACGAGUCAACGAAGGCGCCGCGCCGUUGUACCACGGCGGUCGGACUUUCCUGAGUUACUCUGCUGCCGGCUGCGCGGGAGGGGAAUACAAACUCGGUCUCCUCGAACUCGUCGGUGGAAACCCCAUGAACGCCUGCGACUGGAAGAAAUACCCUGAGCCGGUCUUUAGCGCCAACAAAGAGGAUGGGGUGUAUGCCCCUGGGCAUAACGCCAACUUCUAUUCGCCGGAUGGCAAGGAGACUUGGAAUGUUUACCAUGCGAACAAGGACGUUGCUGGUUCCUUGCUGUGCGAUGGUGCGCGAGACACUCGAGCUCAGAUCAUCACCUGGGGCGACGACGGCCUUCCCAUCUACGGAGAGCCUUUGCCUUUGGAUACCGAGAUCGCUCCUCCUUCUGGUGAAGUUGCUGCUUAG